UCGAGGACACUGAUAUAGACCCUAAUUUCACAGAUUUUAUUGUCCCAAUAUUUGUUUACAGGUAAGAAGGUCCGUCAAAGAGUCUCCUAACAUUAGAGUAACUUUAUUGUCACCAACAAAUCCAGAGACAUUUUAGUCAAUGUUGCUGUAAACAAUCUUCCCCAGCUUAGGAUGCAAAUAUUUCUCUAAGUUGUUAAAUAUUCUCGUGUUUUAUAUUGUAUCUGUUUUUCACUUCUCCUGUUUUCUUGUCCAGUUUGAGGACUCUCAUACCAAAACAGGAAGUGUACACAAUGAAAGCAUUUUUGAAACAUGCUGGGAAAUAACAGGUGAUUAAUUUCCUGUAUGUAUAUAAACAAAAAUUAAUUCACACAACUAAUGCUCAACAAUAGAAAAUCGCUGUAUUAGUAUCCCAGGAUAAUUAGUACAAAUACAAACAGUAAUUGAUGCACCAAUGAAGCAACCAAAAUAUUACAUUAUCUGCAAAUACAGCAAUAUCGUGAAGGAGGAGAGAUAAACCCCCAAUGUUUUAGUAACUAAAACUUAUGUUCUCAAGGGAUUGUUAUCUCUAUAGGCACCCAGACCACUUCAUCUCAAUGAAGUUGUCUGAGUUCCAUUUACCCCCUGUGUUAACCCUGCCGCUGAAAACAUUGCUAUUCAAGGAAUGGCAUUGUUUUCACUGCAGGGUUGACCUAGCUCUGGCGACUUUCACACUGACAGUCACUAGAGGCGCUCCCGUGAAAUAGUGGAGUAAAACUCUGCUAGUUCAAACAGAUGAUUUCAGAGAGAGACCAAAGAAUUAGUGCAGCUUGGUGUUUUGCCUCCUGUGCACGCUAGCCUCCCAAUGCUUUCCUACGGAAAAGCAUAUGAUUGGCUGAGAACAUCAAUCUCGAUGAUCUCAGCCGAAGAAGUGGAGUAGUAUACCAACAACCAGACCUGCGAGUGAGAGCAAAGAUAAUUAAAACCACAUUUUAAACACUGGCAGCGGAGGUACAGUCACCUAAACAGUGACUAGGCGCUAUAUAGUUAGGAAUACACAUUUGUUUUCUAACGCUAUAGUGCUCCUUUAAUCAGUUAAAUCACUCCUGGCAGUCACAUGUAUAUAUCAUGUUCUUUUUUCUCCCUUAGGAAUUUUUCCGAUCAUUGUCCUGACCAACAAAACUAAAAGAGAUUACUCAAUGGUCGAAAAACUAUUUAAGAGUUUUGGAGCUGAGGAGGUGGUUGCUGUGGAGAAUUACACAGCUAAAAAACAUCUGCCAACACGUGGGAGGCACAGGGAUAUAUUAAACAUUCUAUACAAAGCUCUACAGGAUGUUACUUUUCAAAUGGAAAGGGGAAGGAAUCCAAAACAUGAACGUGCAGAACGCAAGAAAUUUCUGAUGGACAUCAUUCAUAACAGCAUUGUUUACAAGAAAGGAGAGCAGGAUGAACAAGAAAUACCUGACAAUCGCUGGUUCCCAAAACGAGUCUAUGAUUAUUUUUCUAAGAAAAAAACAUGAAGAAUCAUGACCAAAACCAGGAGUCCCAAGGCACACAUGACCCAAAUGUUCACAUUAAUGAUAAUUAACAAUCCAGCAAGUGGAGCCCAGACUGUGGGUGCCUCGGAGACCAAUGGUUUAGGUCACUUGACAAAGAACCAGGGAAUGAUGUUUGCAGCCUAC